CUAGGCCAAAUCUCAUAACCAAUUAUAAGUACUUUCUUGGAAAAUAACUAGUUUUCUCAAGAAAAGGUGAUGACUAAGGUGGCGACUAUGAGAGGAACACUAAUGGGGUUUGUUGCUAUUGCAAUGCUCUUGGAGUUGGCGAUGGCGGUGGAUCACACUGUUGGAGCUCCGAGUGGAGGGUGGGACGUGUCUACUGAUAUGCAAACGUGGGCUACAUCCCAAACGUUUGUAGUAGGAGACAAUUUAGUUUUCCAAUAUGGACCUUCUCACGAUGUGCUUGAAGUGUCUAAGGCGGACUAUGAUUCUUGUUCAUCGUCAAGUCCUAUUUCCACCGCCAUUACUAGCCCUACCACAAUCCCACUUACAACGACCGUAAGCCGCUACUUUAUCUGUGGUAGAAGUAAUCAUUGUAGCCAAGGAAUGAAGGUUGAGGUCACAACGGUGGCAGGAGCGCCGACACCACCACAAACCACCCCUCCUUCCACCCCAACCACGCCAUCAAAUGCACCCCCGAGUGAUUCAACACCACCACCACAGACCAUAAACCCUCCCGCUCCCUCAUCAGCUAUCACUGUAAAGAUGACCGUUGGUUCUUUACUUGGAUUUGGAUUCUUCGUGAUGAUGGUAUUAUCCCUCUAAGACUUUUUAGAAAAUGCAUUUGAGACCUUUUGGUUGUGUUUUGUUCAUUCUAUAGUCUAUGCUAGAUCUUGUUGUUGUUGUUUGAUCUAUUAUAGCAAUAUACUUACAUUUAUUUGUGUAUUAUAACAUUUUUUUUUGUUACAAGAUUGUAUUUUCCUUUUAUUUUCAUGUUAAGCAUACCCUAUCCCUUU